UCUUUUUUUCCCCUCAGCCUGAAGGGAGAGCGACCGCGGUGAGGGGAGACAGUUAGGCUCGUCCGUCUGUCCGGCCUUUUCUCCCCUCAGCUUCGGCUUCUCCGCGGGGCGCGGGGCCGUUCUCCGCCGGCCAUGGCGAUGGACACCAGCGGCAAGGAGAAGGAGGCGCUGCAGCUGCUGGCCGAGGCGGACAAGAAAAUCCGUGGCUCCCACGGCUUCUUCUCGGGACUCUUCGGAGGUGGCUCCUCCAGGAUUGAAGAAGCAUGCGAUAUCUAUGCCAGAGCGGCUAACAUGUUCAAAAUGGCCAAGAACUGGAGUGCUGCUGGGAACGCAUUCUGCCAGGCGGCUCAGCUCCACCUCCAGUUGCAGAACAAACAUGACGCAGCUAUGAGCUUUGUGGAUGCUGGCAACGCUUUCAAAAAGGCUGAUCCUCAAGAGGCCAUUAAUUGUCUCCUCAGAGCUAUUGAGAUCUACACAGACAUGGGCCGUUUCACCAUUGCAGCCAAGCACCAUAUAACCAUAGCUGAGAUCUACGAGAGUGAGCUGGUGGACAUUGAAAAGGCAAUAGCUCAUUACGAACAAGCUGCAGAUUACUACAAAGGUGAAGAAUCAAACAGCUCCGCCAACAAAUGUUUGCUGAAAGUGGCCACCUAUGCAGCUCAGCUGGAGCAAUACCAGAAAGCUAUUGAAAUCUAUGAGCAGGUCGGGACCAGUGCCAUGGACAGUCCCUUGCUGAAAUACAGUGCAAAGGAAUACUUCUUCAAGGCAGCCCUCUGUCAUUUCUGCAUUGACAUGCUCAAUUGCAAGCUGGCUGUACAGAAGUACGAAGAAAUGUUCCCGGCUUUCUCGGAUUCCAGAGAAUGCAAACUGGUUAAGAAAUUGCUGGAUGCUCACGAGGAACAAAAUAUUGACAGUUACACUGAAUCAGUGAAGGAAUACGACUCCAUCUCUCGCCUGGACCAAUGGCUGACCACCAUGCUUCUGCGCAUCAAGAAAAACAUACAGGGUGAAGAGGAAGAUCUGCGUUAACAACAAGCGCAACAACCACCACAGUCCUCUUGCCCUCCAUCCUCUGGCCCGUUAUCUGCAGAACUCUGCCUGGAUCAGCUCUGGUGGGGGGAAAAAGAGAGGCUCUUGGCACGAAGGAAUUAGACUCAAGUGGCAAAUUCUUCAUUUUCGCUUCCUUUCUCAUCCCGCCUCUUUGCGCUGCAGUGGACAAGGCUGGGAUGCGUCACCUGUGGAUUGCUCCGGGAGAGAUGUGAAGUCCUCCAAGCCUUGCCUCGCUUCCCGAGCCAGCAUUUACAUCCUCCCCAUGGCUUCGUUGAUGGUUUAAUAUUUAAAGCAUCGUUAGUAAGUUUGGUUUUUGUUGAUGGUGUCAUUCUCUUGUCCUCGUCCCCCCCCCUUCCCCUCCCAAAAUCUUAAUGGAAACUGAUACGGGAAAAUGGCUUCUUCUUUACUGCAGAAAGAAGACCUUGUGUGAUAUUUGUGGCUUCAUCUCAUUCUCUCCCCCCACCCCCUCUCAUUUAACCAUAGCAGUUCCAAUUCCCUUUUCCAACUGGCUUUGCAAGGCUAAGGAGCCCCUUCCCUGAGUUUCGGUCAACCCUUCUCCUUCCCAAAAUAAUAUUUUAAAGGUGGACAGAAUGGCCCUGAUCUCUAAAUGAAGGAGCCGGGCUUUGCUAAGCGUCUCUCACCUGCCUUGUAUUCAAAUAAUGCAGGAAACCCCAAACCCUUCCCCCCCCCUCACAAAUGCUAGCUGUCGUCGUUGAGCUGUAUGAAAUAAUUCUGCUUCAUUCCACGUUCCUUUCUUGCAGCCUGAAUUACCUUGAAUUUAUGUGUACUAACCCAGUUUGAUCCCUUCAGAGCAGGAGCUUCCAAUCUUGGCAACUUUUAAGACUCAUGGACUUCAACUCCCAGAAUUCCCCAGCCAGCCAGAAGUCCACAAGGUCUUCAGGUUGCCAGGAUUGGACACCCCGGCUUUAGAAAUUGGGGGCAGAAGUAUGGCGUUGUAUAUCCAUGUCAAGAGCGAUAUAUAUAGGGCAUUCAGUUUCCUGCCCCCCUUUGGCAAGAGGCAGAUCAAUCUUGAAACUAUGCAGCAGGUAGCCAAAAAAAAAAACCCAACACCCCUCCUAAAAUUUGAAACUUAGAAGCUCUGUGUGCAAGCUGUCUUGAUCUCUCAUCUCGCAUGAUUCUCCUUCCUGGCUUAGUUUGAAAAGAGCAUUUCUCCAGCCUAGUGUUCUGUAUACAUCGUCAGGAAAGCUGCCCUAUUUCCCUCUCCCCCCCCCCCUUGUCUUUGCUUUAAGAGAAAGAGCUUUAUCAUGUAAUCUAGCCCCUUCAUGAAGGUUUCCCAUAUUUAAUGUUUCCUUACUCCGUUGUUGGAAGGUGGACUUCAAAUUCUGUCGCAUGUUUUCAAAAUGUCUACUGGAAAACAACUAAUAGUGAAAUAACUUGCACACAACAAACAAUAAAAAGGAAAAAAAA